CUGUCACUGAUAACCCUCUGCCCUUUCUCAUCAUUUUAUAGCUCUCCUUUUCUUUGCAGCUUUUCAAACUCCACAACUCUCUCCGUUUCUCUCGUCCCUAGCUAUUAUUCAAUACUACCAUUGCAGGCAUUGCCUUGCCUGCUGUCUCUUUUCGUUUUCUUUAUAGCUAGAGAGGUAAUGGAGAUCAACGGGUGCAGAGAUUUUGCCAAGGUGAAGUGGAGGAGGCGGCGGAGGAGAGCUGUCCGCGGCUCAGUCCGAAUGAAGGUGAAGAAGUUGCAAAGACUAAUUCCAGGAGGGCAAGGGUUGAAGCCGGAUCGGCUUUUCUCGAGGACGGCGGAUUAUAUAUUGCAUUUAAGGUUGCAAGUUAAUGUUUUACAAGCUCUUUCCAAGAUUUACACGCCAUGACUAUUAAAGCUAUGCUUCUUGCUUUUUUUUAUUUAUAUUUAUAAUUAAGAUAUAUCGACGUAAUUUGUAAUAUGAUUAAAAUGCAAGAAUGUUCCUUUCUAGCUUGUUAAUUUAAUUAUGAAUAUAUAUAAUGCCAUUGGCUGAUUAAUUUUA